AAACACUUAAAUCAUAUACUUAAACGAAGUAGACACAUGUUCUAAUGGCAAAUCUCACGUCACUGGACAUAUAGGGCGUGUGCAUUUCUGGCGAUUUUCUGUAAGUGUCAAAAACUAUAACUUAUCCAUCUAAAAAACUUGUUGCGGCGGCAGCAAGCACGUGCUAUAUGAUCUGCGCCUGAUUUCCAAAUCUAUCAUCACAAAGACCCUUAAUUUGGCCCGACUGACUAGAAAAAUGUCUUCAUCAAAUCAAACUUUAACCAAAACUAGAUAUGCAUAUAACGUCACAUACUGAGGGAAGAGAUUUUCGAGAUUAAAGAUGUAAAACCAAGUACUUCAUUUUAUGAUCUUAGAACAGCUCGAACAAUAUUCCUAGCAAACAUGAUUUCACCACUGCUAAACGAGCUCGAUCUUGUAGCUCUAGCAAUAUUAUUCCUAUCUCUAACAAUACUAUGGCACAAAUUGACAUCAAAUGUAUCUCAGAACGAAAAACACCGGUUGCCACCAGGGCCUCGUGGCCUACCAAUUGUGGGAUUUUUACCGUUCCUCCGCCCCAGUUUGCACUACCAGCUUACUGAAUUGUCACAAAAGUAUGGUCCAAUAUACAAGUUGUGGCUAGGGAGCAGACUCUUUAUUGUGUUGAAUUCGCCAUCUUUAGCCAAAGAAGUUUUUUGUGAUCAAGACACUGUUUUUGCAAACCGUGACCCUUCGAUUGCAGCAUUUGUGGCCUCAUAUGGUGGACUAGACAUUGUAUUUUCUCCCUAUGGCUCCUACUGGCGCGACAUGCGCAAACUGUUUGUGAGAGAGAUGCUGAGCAAUAGGAACCUUGAGGCUUCUUAUAGUCACAGGAAACACGAGAUCAGAAAGGCGAUCAGAAGUGUGCAUACCAAGAUUGGCAGCCAGAUUGACAUUAGUGAAUUGGCAUUUGUGACUGAAAUAAAUGUAAUCAUGAGUAUCAUCUUUGGCAGCAAUUUUGGGGAUGAAAUGGAGAAACAUGGAAAAAUUGGAAGAGACUUCAGGGAAUUGGUGGUAAAAAUCCCUGAAAUGUCAGAAGAGCCAAACAUAUCCGAUUUCUUCCCUAUACUCGCGAGGUUUGAUUUACAAGGAAUAAAGAACAGUACAGAGGCUCUUAUUAAGUCAUUUGACUGUAUAUUGGACCCUGUACUAAAUGAACGUAUGAAGAUGAUUUCACAGGGUCAAAUACGGAGGAGUAGAAAUAAGGAUUUCAUUCAGAUUUUAUUAGAGCUAAUGGAGCAGAAAGAGACUCAGAUAUCAGUGGACUUGGUGAAAAUAAAGGCCAUAUUGAUCGACCUUGUAAUUGGUGGGACUGACACGACAACCACAAUGGUGGAGUGGGUAAUGGCAGAACUUCUGAACAACUCAGAUAAAAUGGCAAAGGUUCAACAAGAAUUGAAACAUGUCAUUGGCUUGAACCACAUUGUUGAAGAAUCCCAUUUACCAAAACUACACUAUCUUGAUGCAGUCAUAAAGGAGACAUUACGUUUACACCCUGCAUUUCCCAUGCUUCAGCGAAUUUGUCCAAGUCAAUCUACAAUUGUUGGUGGAUACACAGUACCUCAGGAUACUAAAGUAAUCCUGAAUGUUUAUGCAAUUCAUAGAGAUCCUCAAGUGUGGUAAAAUCCAUUGGAAUUUCAGCCUGAAAGGUUCUUGAUGAGCCAGUCUACAAAUAAUUUGAACUACAGUGGCAAUAAUUACAAGUACCUUCCAUUUGGAUCAGGCAGGAGAAGCUGUGCUGGAGUUGCUUUAGCAGACAAAAUGCUUAUGUUUAUGGAGGCUUCAUUUUUGCAUUCUUUUGAUUGGAAACUCCCUGAGGGGGAAAAAGUUGAUCUUUCAGAUGGACAUGGGUUUGUCAUUAAGAAAAAGACCCCGCUUUUCGCCAUCCCUACUCCCAGAUUACCAAAUUUAGAACUGUA